AUGAACAGAUUGGGGAGAAGUCGGCCAACCAAACGGACCCUGAAAGUAAAAGAGGGCUAUUCAUCAACCCACACCCUAGGUCACCGCAACCCCGCCGCCGCAACCCCGCCAUCGCCGCUUCGUCCGUCUUCAGCUUCACGCCGCAUACCCGCUGCAAGAACACGCCAUAAAGGCCUCGUCAGUCGUCUAUCGCCUGCCUCCAUCACUGUCCCGUCCCUAUCUCUAGCCCCUCUCCGUUUCUGGCCUGCCUCUGUGUCUGACCCGUUCCUAUCUCUCGCCCUCCUCCUUCGCCGGCCCGUCUCAGUCGCAACUUUCAAAACCUGGCGAGAGAUCGAACAAAAUAGUCCCUCCCUUCCAAUGGAGAAAUCGUCACUGCAAAACUUAACCCUAAAUCCGUCCGACACACCUUUUUCUUUCCCGCCACACCGUCGCCGGCCACUUCGUAGCCGAACCUUUCGUGCCCUCGUCGGAAUUAUCACGAGCACCCACCAGCUGCAAAUCCAAGGUGAUGGUGGAGUACUUGAAGUAAGACCGGUGAGGGAAGAAGAUGGAUCGACAAUUUCCAACAAGGAUGCUAAUUCAGAGGCCGCCGUAAUUCCACUUCCUGAUUGCAAGCAGCAGUCAGAGGACACGUUAGUUAGAGAGACGAGUAUUAGUGAGAAAAAGGUUACAGACUUUCAGGGUGGUGAUUCCGAACCUAACCAAGCGACAACACUUGAAUUGGAUCAUGUGAGCUUGGGGACAGAUGUCAGACGGGAAGUAGCUCCAGAAAAUAGUGUUAGCAACGGGAACUUGUCUAUGGUUGUGAACCAAACGUCCGACUGUGCCAUUCAGGUUUCAAAGGAGCAAGAAAAUGCAUCAAGAGACGUUCUUGGUAAUCACAUGGAGAACUUAGUUGCAUUGGAAGAGCUCCAAGUGGACGAAGAAUUCUCUGUAGCCGAUUAUUCCGAUGUUCUGGAUUCUUGUUUUGGCGUGGAUAUGGGAAUUGAAUCAUCAAAAACCGUCUUGGAGGAGAAUAUGUCUAAAGAAACUGAGCAUGAACUGCAGCUGAAGGAGAUGGAACUGGAGAAACUCAUAAACUUUCAAAAUGCUGAUCAAGAGUUUGAAGAAGGAGAAAUCUCUGGGGAAGUUGGGGUUGCUGACGUGUCUUUUCAUGAAGAACCGUCAUUAGUAGGAGAUAGAACCGCAGAAAUAGUGCACGCGUCUGAGGAUGUUCUUGAUAAAGAAGAAUCUAUGAGCUCUGAUGAAUAUGACAGAGGUUUUUGGCAACAUCAAAUUCCUGAUCCUUUACUGGCUAGCACGGUUAAUAGUGACUACAACUCUGUGAACAUAGGAAGCCGACAAAUUGCUGGAGUGAUGCAGGGUUUUCAUCCUCAGAAUGUCUCUAAUGAUAGUCAUAUGGAGACCCAAACGAGUGGCCUGGUAUCACCUAGUUCUGCAAAGCAAUGCCCAUCAGACAGGAACCUCCAAGGGAAGGCUGCUGAAAGCCAAAUGUGUGCUACUGUUGAAAAGGAUGAGAACGGCAAAAGAAAGAGGAAGAAUGGUCCUUUGUCCGAGGAAAAAAGAGCUAAGAAAAAGAGAAAGGAUAGACUUAAAAGAGCAGAAAAGAACAGAAAACUUGGGGUUAAAAGAUUAAAACUGCAACCGGUUAAGAAGCAAAAGACAGUAACAUAUUGCCGCCACUUUCUACAUGGGAGAUGCCAUGAGGGGGAGAAGUGCAAGUUCUCUCAUGAUACAGUUCCCUUGACGAAGUCUAAGCCAUGUGGUCAUUUUGCCCGUCACUCUUGCAUGAAAGGAGACGAUUGUCCAUAUGAUCAUCAACUCUCCAAGUACCCAUGCAACAAUUAUACCACCAAUGGUUUCUGUAGCAGAGGCUCCGACUGUUUGUUCUCACACGAGGUGCCAGCUAAGCAGAUCGUAUCUACCACACAAACUCCCUCUAAAACAUCUGCAUUGUCUUCGAAAGUCAACCGCCCUGAAGUCAACUUAUUGUCCCCACCGAAUAACUCAAACCCGAGCAAGCACACGGAUGAUAAUCACGGUAAGAGCUUAGAACUGCCUUUUGCAAGGACCGUCUCAAGGACUACCACUGCUAAACAGGCUCCAAAAGGGAUUAGCUUUCUUUCUAACGUGGGGACUUCACUUGGUGGCACCACGAACAAGGAUGUUGUUAUUGCCAGUUGCUCAAACGAGCCCAACGAGAAAACUGAGAGUGUACCUCCAAGAAAACCCCGGGGAAUAAACUUUCUCUCCUUUGCCCAACCUAAUGCUACUAACACUUCAGAUGACAAUUCAAGUGGCAGCAAUAUAUUGUCUAAGUUGCUUCCAAGUUGCAGUCCUGAAACAAGAAAAUCCAUUAUGGAUGGUCUAGGCGAGAACAAAGCCGUUUGUUCGAAAGUUAAUAAUGCACAAAUGAACAACAGUUUAACGAGCAGCCCUAGUGAGAAGGUUGAUGGAAAUUUAUCAUCUUUACCAGGCCAGCUUUCCUUUGGUGGUGGGCAGAGUGCAAAUACCUCAGUCUCUUUCAGGACGCCGUUUUUGUCCAAUACACCGAGCUCAGUGCAAAAGGCUGUCCAGUCAACAUUAGCUUUUGCGGCAAAUGGGAUUAGAGUUUGUAUGGUCCCUUCAUCAUCAUCAACAACAACAUGAAGCUGAAAGUUGUCAAAGUUUUGGUGAGUGACCUUUGACUUUUAUGAUAACAUAGGUUAGGACGAGGACUGGAAAAAUCACAGUUCAUUAUCCAUUUGACAACAACAACAACAACAACAUAG